ACUUCAGUUCCUUUGAAUCAGAAUAAAAAGUGCAGCAAACUUCAGACUCAUUGACUGCAGGCUUAGCAAGCGUCGGGGCUUUACUUCUUUCUGCAGCUUGCAAGGAUCUUUGGAUUUUGCAAAGCAGUUCCAAGAAAACAAUGGCCACCUUCUCCUUUUGGGCAACUUUUGGAUUAUGUUUGCUGAAGCUCUGUCUAACAGAAACAGAAUUCAACGUAAGUUGCAGAUAUGGAGGAGUUUUUCAUGUGGAAAAGAAUGGUCGCUACAGUCUCACACGAUCUGAAGCAGUUGAACUCUGCAGAGCUCUCAACAGUACCUUGGCAACACUAGAGCAGCUGAAGAAAGCUCAUGAGCUUGGAUUUGAAACUUGCAGGUAUGGUUUCGUGGUGGGGCAUAUUGUUAUCCCACGGAUCAAUCCCUAUCAUCUUUGUGCAGCAAAUAACACUGGCAUUUACCAUCUUUCAGCAAAUACAACUGCUCGGUAUGAUGCAUACUGUUACAAUGAGACAGAAACGGCGGAUAAAACAUGUGAGCCAGUUGUAAAAAUAGAUACUUCUUUACUCAGUAAUCAGGAUGAAACAGUCAUUGACAACGCGGACGGCUCGCGGUACAACGCGGAUGGCACACGCCACGCCGGCGGCGAGUCCUCCACCUCGGGGGUGGAGGAGGAAAAUGCUGGCAGUGGGUCAGCCCAUGAGACAACUCCCCUGGAUGCCACCAUCAGGAGAACCAGCACCUCGUAUUAUGGGAGCCCGACUCCGGUCUCACAGGUGCCAGAUCACACUUCUGGAGGAGAUGAAAAAGGAGUUCCUGGAAAAGAUUAUGAUGAUGAAUUUCCCUCUGUAUCACCUGGCAUCUCCUUCGGGACGGUGGCUGGCGAUUUCCAUGAAGAAGAUGACGGACAGUACCCUGCAAGUCCUACUGUGGACUCACACCACGAAACACUUCUGGAAAUCACCACACAGGAGCAUUGGAGCCCCACCUUCACAGAUGAAGAGGAGCAGUAUCCUAGCUCUGCUACAAGGGCACUAGUUGCAAGUGAAAAUGAAAAACAUCAAGAACCAACCCAACAUCCACUAUUACACAGCGUUCAUUCUGGAGGGAUCAGUCAAGAACAAAAUCCUGCAAGUACCACUGACAGUAUUGAACAACAUGAAUUUUCUACUGCAGCUGAAAAUUAUUUUGGGAAGGAAACUUCUACAGCUGUGGUCCCCAGCCAGGGGACCAAAGAGAACGACUCAGAGCACGAGCCACUGGUGUAUCCAGGCUGGGAGCAGGGAGAGGAGCAUGCCACACAGCCUGCUGGAACGGAUAGAGUUAUUCCUUCCAGAGACAGCAACCUUGAAACAGACUCUUCCACUACAGCCUCUCCUGAUGGUGCCCACCAUGAGGAGCCCACUGAAGCUGGGAUAGUGUUGUGGGAUGAUGAAUCAGAAAUGAGCAGCGAAGGCAUCAUCAAUCCCACAGAUGUCCCCGAGGAUGAAGCUCUGCACAGGACCACAGCCACUGUGAUCAAAGCUGUCACAGCCUCCACUGACAUCCUGGCACCAGAAGGUAUAACCCAGGAAACGUGGGCACCUCACCUUGUGGUAACAGCUGCUUCCUCUCCUGAUGGUGCCCACCACCAAGAGCCAACCCAAACUCCUCUGCCUUCGGAUGAUGAGCCAGGACAGGGCACUGAAGGCAACACGAGUCCCAUGGAUAUUCCCAGAGAUGGAGUCCUCCACAGGACCACAGCCAGUGUGACCCAAACUGCCAUCGUAGAGGCCGUGGGUGAUGCUGAGCAAGAGAAAGCAACCAAGGAGCCACUGGCACCUGGCACUGCACCUGGAAGGGAAGGUGAACCAGCAACCACCACUGAGGGUUUCCAUGUCCAUGGGAUGCCUGGAGAUUUUUCAGACAUUGAGGACCGUUUUGUUCCCUUGCAGGAUCCUUUUACUACCAGCUCUAGUGUAUAUGGUGACCAAGGACCACACAAGGGACAUUAUGAAUCCACUACUUCCCCUGGAGAGACAGCCACAACAAAAAUAGCUUCACAGCCAAGGUCGGCCGCUGUACCAGACUGGCUGAUCAUCGUUGUGGCUCUCGUGGUGCUCGCACUGAUCCUUGCAGUGUGCAUUGCUGUUAACAGUCGCAGGAGAUGUGGGCAGAAGCAAAAGCUAGUGAUUAACAAUGGCAAAGGGGCAGUGGAGGACAGGAAGACAAGAGAGUUAAAUGGAGAUAUCAGCAAAUCACAAGAAAUGGUGCACUUGGUUCAUAAAGAACAGUCAAAUGACCGAACAGCAGCAUGUGAUGAAUUCCUGACUGUUAAUGAAACACAAAAUCAUCACGAGUUUGACAUGAAGACUGGAGUGUAAUUGUACCACACUGCCAAGCUGAUCAGGGCUGGGGAAACCAAAAUCAUGUGGAACUUGAACAGGAAUUCACAGAUGCACUGUGCUACUGAUGUCUUUUGAACAUAAGCAUAAGUUCUGUUUCUUUUUAAUCACUUUGCAAUGAUGCCCGAGUCGGAAAAUUGACGCGUGCUUUCUGAAAUACACCUCCAAGAGCUGCAUAAUGCUUUCAGUUCCCAGUCCCUUCACAGGGGACUCUCACUGUGUCCUGGAUGUUAGAAGGCAUACAAAUUUACAUCAUUACUCCCCAGAUGGAAGGUCUUCACUGUGUGGAGCUAAAGAAGUAUUCAGUCACUCCAUCUUACUGAUAUUUAAAGUAUUAAACAUGCCAUGGUACAGAAGUAAGUGAGGAAAAAUGUCAAGAGUAAAAAAAAAAAUCAAGUUUAAACCCAAAAGGCAUCUUCUACAAUGUCUGCAACAUCAGAAUCCUUCAGAAAUGCCUUCCAGCCAGGAAUAGCAGUGGGUACAUUCAGAAUCUGCCAGAAUAAACAAGAAGUGACACAUUAUAAUUAAGUGUGGCUUUGUCUGCAACGAGGGAAACCCGGAAGGUCAAAAUUUAUUUAUCUCUAUUUUUAAAUAUCUAUGGACAUAUACCAAGUCUUCUCAGGAGGGGUAAUAAAGGCAUGAAAACAUGAGCUGAAACGUAAUAAACUUCUGUUCUUUAUUAUCCAACAACCUGUACAAUUAUCCUUCAGUUUUUGAGAUGUUCAUUGCUCUUCUCCCCCCGCCCCAUUCACUGAUCCAAGUUUGUGCAUGUUUUUAAUGAGCCUGUUAGUUUAGAUCACAGAUAAAACAAAAUGACCCCAGCUCUAUCACAUAUGCACAAAUCAAGCAAUUGAGAUCACUAGGGAAGCUGCCAGUAUUUUGUUCCUGAAAAUAGGUCUCUAUAUUCUGCUCCACUUUACUAAGGAGAUGCUGAGCCUAUUAAAAUUUUCCCCCUAUUAUAUUAUACGAGAUUGCUGAUAUUUUAAAAGUUGCUUUUCUAUGAUCUUGCUCAUUUCCUCUGAAUUCUAUUUCAUCUACAUAGUUUUCCGUCUGCUUUUUAAAAACACCAAAAAGAAACAUUGCUUGCUUUUUGGUACCAGAAGUUCAAUUUCUACAGAAAAGAUCAAAGCAAAUGAUAGGGAACUCUUCCCAGCCAUGUAACAUAGUAGAGUAGCUGAGCUGCAUUGUUACAUGCUUUUGUUAUGUCCUUUUGUGUCUGUUAUGUAAAGUAUUUGUACUAAGCUAUGAUGCUGUGCAUUAUAUUGAUAUGAAUUGUCAGGAAAAAUAUUAUUUACUACCAGUGGUCUGUGCUAUUUUUAAGAAAGCUUAUUGGAAUGGAGGGAGAAUUGUAACUUCUGAUUGGACUCCCCCCAGGCAAUGGAAGGAAAAAGGUUGGUCU